AUGUCAAGCGAUACCAAGAUUCACAUCGUUAAACUUAACGAUGACAACUAUACCGAGUGGAAAGGCGACAUUACAGGUUACCUGAUGUCUCACGGACUCCAGGAAUUUCUUGUUCCUAAUCAUACUCCUGUUGCUCGAGCUAUUGCAGGAGAGGAAAAGAUUAACUUUGAAGCUUAUGUCACCCGUCAAAACAAAGCCGCCGGUAUUAUGUACAGUUACUUGACUGAACCUUUUCGAAUUCAAAUUGAAUCAGAAGGACUUUUAUUGAAUCCAGUCGGUAUUUGGAAGCACUUGAAAGAGAAGUUUCAAUCAACUAGUGCCAAUAGUCAAGGACGAGCUUGCCGAAACUUUCUACGAAUUCCUUUUGUUACCCUUGCUCAAUAUAUCAAGGAUGUCCGUAAAGGAAUGUCGGUAAUGGAAGCAUGUGGAUGUGCAACGACGAAUCCAAUUCUUGAACCGCUGUUGUGUGAAGGAAUCAUCUUCAAACUGCCGGAUUCCAUGGAGACUGUUGUGUCACUCAUCACGGCCAAACAAUCAGAGUCAGGCAAACUUUCCUGUAAGACAGUCUUGACCAUGUUAGAUGCUCAUCUAGUGGAUUUCACUGAACGACAUCGAGAGGACAGUUCAAUCGCUCUGAUGACGACCACCACUGCUGCUCCUGCUCGAUAUUCAUAUCCUUGA